AUGGCCGAGCGCCUACUCCAGGCUUCCCGGCAACGCCGAGUGAAAGCCAUGACGGCCGCCGCAGGUUCGGCGGGCCGCACCGUGGUGCCCCUACUGCUGUGCGCGCUGCUGGUACCCGGCGGCGCGUACGUGCUGGACGACUCCGACGGGCUGGGCCGGGAGUUCGAUGGCAUCGGCGCGGUCAGCGGCGGCGGGGCAACCUCCCGACUUCUAGUAAAUUAUCCAGAGCCCUAUCGUUCUCAAAUAUUGGAUUAUCUCUUUAAGCCAAACUUCGGUGCCUCUUUGCAUAUUCUAAAAGUCGAAAUAGGUGGUGAUGGGCAGACAACAGAUGGUACCGAGCCCUCCCACAUGCACUAUGCAUUAGAUGAGAAUUAUUUCCGAGGAUAUGAGUGGUGGUUGAUGAAGGAAGCUAAGAAGCGGAACCCUAAUAUUAUACUCAUGGGCUUGCCGUGGUCGUUCCCUGGAUGGCUGGGAAAAGGUUUCAACUGGCCUUAUGUGAAUCUUCAGCUGACUGCCUAUUAUGUCAUGACCUGGAUUGUGGGCGCUAAGCAUUAUCAUGAUUUGGAUAUUGAUUAUAUUGGGAUUUGGAAUGAGAGGUCAUUUGACAUCAAUUAUAUCAAGGUGUUAAGAAGAAUGCUGAACUAUCAGGGUCUCGAUCGAGUGAAAAUCAUAGCGAGUGACAAUCUCUGGGAGCCCAUUUCUGCUUCUAUGUUGCUCGACUCUGAGCUCUUGGAGGUGAUUGAUGUUAUAGGAGCUCAUUAUCCUGGGACCCACAUAGUAAAGGAUGCGAAGCUGACUAAGAAGAAGCUUUGGUCUUCUGAAGAUUUUAGCACUGUAAAUAGUGAUGUGGGUGCAGGCUGCUUGGGCCGCAUAUUGAAUCAGAAUUAUAUCAAUGGCUACAUGACUGCCACAAUUGCUUGGAAUUUGGUGGCUAGUUAUUAUGAACAGUUGCCUUAUGGACGAUGUGGAUUGAUGACUGCUCAGGAGCCAUGGAGUGGGCACUAUGUAGUAGAGUCUCCUAUCUGGGUAUCAGCUCAUACAACUCAGUUUACUCAACCAGGUUGGUAUUACCUGAAGACAGUUGGUCACUUAGAGAAAGGAGGAAGCUACGUGGCUCUGACUGAUGGCCUAGGUAACCUCACCAUCAUCGUUGAAACUAUGAGCCAUAAACAUUCUAAGUGUAUACGGCCAUUUCUGCCUUACUUCAAUGUGUCACAUCAGUUUGCUACCUUUGUUCUUAAAGGUUCUUUUAGUGAAAUACCAGAGCUACAGGUGUGGUAUACGAAGCUUGGAAAACCAUCUACGAGAUUUCUUUUUAAACAACUGGAUUCUCUAUGGCUUCUCGACAGCAGUGGCACCUUCACCCUGGAGCUGCAGGAGGACGAGCUCUUCACGCUCACCACUCUCACAACCGGGGGCAAGGGCAGCUACCCACUGCCUCCAAAGUCCCAGCCCUUCCCACGAAUUUAUAAAGAUGAUUUCGAUGUUGAUUACCCAUUUUUUAGUGAAGCUCCGAAUUUUGCUGAUCAGACUGGCGUCUUUGAAUACUUUACGAACAUUGAAGACCCUGGAGAGCAUCGCUUCACGCUACGCCAAGUUCUCAAUCAGCGGCCCAUUACUUGGGCUGCUGAUGCAUACAACACCAUCAGUAUUAUAGGAGAUUACAAAUGGUCCAAUCUGACUGUAACGUGUGAUGUUUACAUAGAGACUCCUGAGAAGGGAGGCGUGUUCAUUGCCGGAAGAGUAAACAAAGGUGGUAUCUUGAUUAGAAGCGCCAGAGGGGUUUUCUUCUGGAUUUUUGCAAAUGGAACCUACAGAGUUACAGGUGAUCUAGCUGGAUGGAUCAUAUAUGCUUUAGGACAUGUUGACGUUACAGCAAAAACUUGGUAUACACUCACAUUAAUUAUUAAGGGCCGGUUCUCCUCUGGCAUGCUGAACGGCAGGUGGCUGGAAGGAGGAAGAAAAUCCCACAUAGCCAGUGCUUUCCGUGGGUCUACAGAUGAAGCUGGAGCAAUUUUCUUGUGUCUCAUGUCAUGGUGCCUCUCGCGGCCUUCUUGUGUGCUGCUGGCCAUGGACUAACACAGCUAAUGCAUUCUCUUAUCUUUGUGUGUGGAAGAAGGGGCACGCUAAGCUUCUGCUAGCUCAUAGAAUUGGAUCAUCCUUUAAUAUUCAGUGUGGUUAGAUGCAUUUAUUUCAUGAAAGUACAAAUGUGUUUAUAUUUGAGUGUGGGGAGCAUAUUUCUCAUGCAGUAUAAUUUAUAUCUAAGCAUUAGUGGACCUCCUAGAAACAACUCCAUUGUUCAUGUCAAUAAAGUAAAUUCUGGAAUUCUCUAAAAUGAAAGUUCAAAACUUCACUGGACUAAUAUUAGAAUUUUGGUAUUUGUAAUGGUUUAACAUAGGCUAAACUGAAUGAAGUUUUGUAUGUCUAUUAAAGACAAAAAGCUCAAUAUUAUAAUAUAUCAGAUUAUGGAGAAAAAUUUUUAAUUAAAACCAAGUCUAAGUGAUUUCCACUUCAGGUCUCUGCAGAUUUUUUAAGUUAGCUUUAUUGUGGUAUAAUUUACAUACAAUAAAAUGUUCCCAUUUUAAGUAUACAGUUAAAUGAGUCUUGAUAAAUGGAUACAUGCACAAAACCAACACCCCAACCAAGCUAUGAACAUUUCCAUUGCCCCAGAAAGUUCUCGUGUUGCACCUGAGCAAUAGUAUCUUCUCACCUGCCCCCAUCUCAGAUUUCUGUUGCUACUGAUAAGUUUUCAUUGUUCCAAAACAUUAUAGAAGUGGCGUCAUACACUAUGUACUCUUUUGUGAAUGGUUUCUUUCAUUCAGCAUAAUGCUUUUGAGAUUUGUCUAUGUUGUUAUGUAUAUCAGUGGUUUGCUCCUUAUUUCAAAGAAUAUUCCACUGUAUGAUUAAACCACAAUUUGUCUUUCUCUUCCCUCACUUUUUGGGAUUCCAAAUAAAUCUGUUA